UUUGAGACUUGCAUCUCGUCUUUUAGCUUAGUGUGGGAUGGUUCUUCCUUUAGCAAAGCUCGCUCUAAUUGCAAUUAGACAAGUUUCGAAACCCAUUUCUCUUCGCCUAAAGAAUUAUGCCGCUGGUUCCCCUCGUAUAAGAAAGACGAUUAUAUAUUUCGCUCAAUUUUUUCAUAGAAUCGAUGUAAAAACUCAAGUUAAAUUUUGGAAUGGAAAAUUUAAAACUGAUGUCAAACCUUUAUCCGAAGAGAAAGCUUUUGACCUCGGCGCGGAAGUCUUUAGCGAGUUAUUCAUUUAUAGUGUCGCCGCGGGUGCAGUCAUGGUUGAGUACUGGCGAUCCAGCGCAAAUGAAAAACUGAAAGAAGAAAAAUUUCAAGAGAUUUUUAACACCCUUUCUCAACGGGUUGAGGAGUUGCAUCGGGAAAUCCACCAGUUGAAAUUUCAGGCGGACAAAAAAGAUUUUGAGCUUGGACUCAGGAAAGAGGCUCCUGUUAAAGAAGAUUUUAAAGAUUCUGACCGCCUUGCUCGCCUUGGCAAAAAGAAUAAUCCUGACACUGCUUUCUUGCUGUCGAGGACACUUAAUUACUUCAAAAGUUUUUUUUAAAAGAUAUCUUGGGAAGGAGUCGUAAAGUUUUUUUUGCAUUCGUAAGAGUCCGU